ACAGACACAUGCGAUAUGCGCAUGCGCAGUCAUCCGAGCAGGAGUCUGCAGCGCGCUUGGAAUAUGAGCAGCCCGCUCGUUGUGUUCACGGUGACAGUAGCCCUGCUCGGUGUGCACGUGCUGCACGGCCUCCCGUACUCUUACCUUCAGCCAAGGAGCCAUCAUGGAGUCAAGACAGAGACGUUCAGCGAGAAGUACUUCACUCAGACUGUGGACCACUUCAACUUCAACAGCAUGGGGAACGGGACGUUCCUCCAGCGGUACCUGAUCACAGAGGAGUACUGGACGCAAGGCUACGGUCCCGUCUUCUUCUACACCGGCAACGAGGGCGACAUCUGGGAGUUUGCAGCCAACUCUGGCUUCAUCACAGAGCUGGCUGCUCAGCUCAGAGCCGUGGUCAUAUUCGCUGAACAUAGGUACUACGGCACAUCUCUGCCGUUUGGCAAAGACUCGUUCAGCGUCCCUCAGAUCGGCCUGCUGACGGUGGAGCAGGCCCUCGCUGACUACGCCGUCAUGAUCCGGGACCUGAAGCAGCAGCUGGGGGCCGCAGACUGUCCCGUCAUCGUGUUUGGUGGCAGUUAUGGUGGGAUGCUGUCGGCCUACAUGAGACUCAAGUAUCCGAACAUGGUGGCUGGAGCUCUGGCUGCCAGCGCCCCCGUGCUGUCCACUGCGGGGCUGGGACACUCCGGCCAGUUCUUCAGAGAUGUAACAGCUGAUUUUGAGAGCGUUGCCUCUGAAUGCAGAGAUGCUGUGAGAGGAGCCUUCCAUCAGCUGACAGGACUAGCACAGCACCAAGAUUACAGUCGCAUCCAGUCCGAGUUCUCGCUGUGCAAGCCUCCAUCAUCUGCUCAGGACAUCCACCAGCUGAACGGGAUGCUGAGGAACGCCUUCACUCUGCUGGCCAUGCUGGAUUACCCGUACAGCACUCACUUCAUGGGGAGCAUGCCCGCCAACCCUGUCAAGGUAACAGCAGAGCAGUCACACAUCUGGUUAACAGCAGCACAUCUGCCCAUAUAUCUGUAACAAAACAAGUGAAUAUUAGAGCAGCGUAUGUUUAAAUGAGUGCAGAUAUACAGGACAUUAGUCGUACUGCUCGAUAAGUAACCACAACGUCACAGAGCACAAUGAACAUCAACUCAUGUUUUAUUGUCUGAUUGAUGAAAGUCUGAAACAUUGGUAUUGGUAUUGCUCCAGAGUGUGGAUGAUGUUCUAGAGUUUAUAUUGUGUGUCUGGACGACUAACGCACUGAAUGAACAGUAGUCUGGUAUCAGACAGGCUUCAGUGGACAUUGCUCUGGUCAUCCUUGUUACUGCAGCACAUUGUGACACAUCGACUCAACGGGAGAGCUAGUUUACUCUAAAGGGAACGGUUCUCUGGACUCGUGAUGUAGGAAACGGGCUGGUUUGCAUUAAUACGAGCGUGGGAAGUUGUUUCUGAGAGGCCUCUAGAGCAGAGCGCCCCCUAGCUGCCAUCUGCUCACCACUGGCUGCUCUCAGUCUGUGUAGCAGCACUGA